UUUACCUGCAAGUCAAGACUCUGGACCUACAACACCCACCUGAAUACGUCACGCUACACAGGAAGUGGGGAACAACAUCAGCUUGUGCGAGGAGAAACACGCCUCCUGGGUCAGUCACAUUUUCUGUCAGACAAUUUGAGAAAGUUUAUGGUUUUCUUUUAACACUUCGUUAUCACUUACUGCUGUUUAACCACAUUAUCUCUGGCUUGUUUCGAGACGCUGCGUUUUCCGUCCCCGAAAACCUUUGCAUCAGAAAGAUGCUUCUUCGGACAUUGUGGUCGAGACUGGGAGCUCGGCAGCUUGCUGGGAGCAGACCAGUCUGUACUGUUUCUUCAACCACUCUUACCCAAUGUUUGAAGCCCAGCAACAACGAAUCUACCCCAAGGAUUCACUCCUGGGCAUCUACAAAUAAAAUAACCUUUUAUUUAAACACAUUUAACCAGCAGUGCAUGCAUAAAACACAUGUUCAUCCUGCUAUCGCUGGAUUUAAUAAUUAUUAUAGUGUUCCUCUUUUAACUCUCCCUGGGACACCUAUACACUGCAGAUGCGACCAGGCUCGUUUUUAUUCAUCUAAUAUUGUAAAGUCAGUGCUAAAGCCAACCUUAAAACCAGUAAUAGUGCCUCCUAAAGGAAAACGACCUCCUAAAGGCCCACGAACUAAACAGCCUUCUCGGUCCAACCAGCCUUCAAAGAAAGAGGAUGAGGAUAUGAUGCAAUGCAUAGCCUUUGCAACAGCAGACCAGUAUCAUUUGCCAACACUUAGCCAUGACCUGAUAAACCACGGCUUUCAAGAAAUAGAUUUACCAAGAGAUGCAUCAAAUGUCCUGGUGAUAAGCACCGAAAACGCUGCUAAAGUAGACGACGAUGCUCUCAUUUUUUUCUUCAGGGAAGGAUCUGUUGUUUUCUGGAAUGUCGAGGAGAAAGAGAUGAAAAAGGUUUUGAGGUUACUGGAGCAUCAUGAGAUCCAGCCUUACGAAGUGGCUUUAGUUCACUGGGAAAACGAGGAGAUCAACUACACUGUUGGAGAAGGAAACACAAAGCUGGAGAGAGGCAACUUCAUUCUUAGUUACGACAUGGAUCAACAAGAGGCUGUCCUGAAAAAAUUUGCAUUUUCAAAUGCUCUCUGUCUGUCUGUAAAGUUGGCGAUAUGGGAGGUGGCUUUGGACAACUUUGUAGAGUCAAUUCAGUCAAUCCCAGAGAUGCUGAAGUCUGGCAGAAGAAUCAAACUAUCUUCUGCUGAGGUUAUGCAGAAGAUUGGAGAGCUAUUUACGUUGAGACAUUGCAUCAACCUGAGGUCCGACCUUCUCCUCACUCCCGAUUUCUACUGGGACCGAGAAAACUUAGAAAAGCUCUACGACAAGACGUGCCAGUUCCUGAGCAUCAACCGCAGAGUCAACGUUGUGAACGAGAAGCUGGAGCAUUGCUCGCAGCUGACAGACCUGAUGAGGAGCCACUUGAGUGAAAAGCACAGCUUAAGGUUGGAGUGGAUGAUAGUCAUCCUCAUUACCAUUGAGGUGAUGUUUGAACUCGCAAAAAUGAUCUUCUAACCUGCUGACCACAGAAAGCACAAAUCUAUGAGUGACAUUAGAGACUUCAAGGGAAGAAUGCUGUGCUCAGGUAUUCAUUCACUGGUAUUUCACAACAAAUCACAGAUGCAACCUUAAAAUGUCAAGGGGACCCGAUUAGUUUUAGGUUUGUUACUCUUUCAACAAAGGGACACUUCUCAAACGCACAAUUUACUUAUAAAUACGUCCAUUCAUCCAUUGCUCACUCUCGCAUAUCCUUUCAGGGUGGAUUGGAGCCGAGCCUGGCGUCUGUUCAGAUUUUUGUUCAAACUUGUUGAGUAUUUGACUAUAUUUGUAUUUAAAUUUUAAGAGAAUUAUGAGGUCACGCUCACCUUUACUGAAAACGUUAUUCUUGUGACUCAUUCGUGUUUAAAAGAAAGAAGAAUAAAUUCUUAUACGAAUGUAUCUGCUCCUAUUUGGUGACUCGACAAAAAGCAUGUGUGCUGUUCUGGACGUUUUUAUAUGAAGAGCACUGUUUGAAUGUAAAACAUGAGUACUAAUAAUCUGUUAAACUGACAGCUGAAUAAGACGUUUCAAUAACACAGGAGAUUCAGGAUAUGUGCAGGUAUUAUUUUAUUCAAAUAAAACAGUGUUUUGAUAAUAAAAUCUUGCUGAUACAUGAAUAAA